GUUACGGGCGUUUCCGUAACGAGCUGGGGAUUGGUCCCGAGACGGCUCGGGUGUUUCCGUAAGGGCCUCGGGCUGGGGGCUAGCGAGUGCGUUGGGCUCUUCGGCUGGGUAUUCACAGAAGGUGCUUAGGGCCGUUCCGCAGCGUAGGGCGGCGACGGGCAUAGGCGGCUGCGCGGCUUUGGCGCACACACAGAGCGCAGCAGCAGGAACCCGGCACGCAGCGGAGGCAGCAGCGGGGACAAAGGGACUAAUCGGCAGAAACGGGGAGGGGGGGCCGGCGGGAAGCAGCCGGCGCCGGGAGGGAGCGGCAGGAGGCUUCAGCCGGGCGGGCUAGUCUCAUGUGCCUUGGACGCCCGGGGAAGCAGCAGCAGCAACCGCCGCCGCCAGCGCUCUGAAGCCGGCUGAGGAGGAGCCGGGGAGCCGCCGCCGUCAUGGCCUGCGCCGCCGCCGGCGGCCACCGCCCGCAGUGCAGCGUCCCCAGCCUGAGCCGCCGCCAGCUGCCCCUGCGGGCGCAAUGAGGAGCCGCGCCGUGGCCGCCGCCUCAGCGCCGCACUGAGAAGACUCAGCGAGCGAGCGAGGCCGCCCGGACCGCUUCACCCCUACUCCGCCCGCCGCGGAUCCCAUCGCCCCUGCCGGAUCCUCUUGCGAGCUGCCUCAUCACCUCCUGCCGGCGGCUCCGGGAGCCUCGAGAUCCCUCCGCCGGGGAAAAAAUAGUCCCAUUCCCUGCCGCCUCCCUCAGAGGCGAGGGGGACGGAGAGGAGAGGGGAGGGGGAAGGAAGAGGCGGAAGAAAAAGAAGAAGAAGAAAAAAAAAAGCCGAAAAGAGAAACGCAGCGGCGGGAUCAGAGGAGCCGGGCCGUGAGCCUCCGCCCCAUGUGACUGGCGCCCAGGGUGGGGGCAGCGAGGCCUAGCAAACCCCCCUCGCUCGCGGCCGGGAGCGGGAGCGGCGCCGGGGGGGCUGCGGACUGGGCGGAGGCGGCUCUCGGACCCACCGGCGCGGCCGGGAAGGAUGGUUUUGUGAGAAACGGGCGGCGUGAGGAGGAGGAAGAAGCAGCAGCCGGGCGAAGAGCGCCACAGAGACCGAGAGGGGAGGGGGCUUCCCCGGGGGGGGGGAAGGGGGGGGCCCGGCGUUUCAUGUGGCGCGUCCCGCCCGUCUCCUCCAGCUGAGCGAGCGAGGCAGCGGCAGGCGGGCCCGCCGAGCCGCCGGGGCGCGGCGGAGGGGGAAGGCAGGAAGAGAGAGGUGAUCGGGGCAGAGCAGGAGCGGGAGACCAUGUCCGGGCGGCCCAGGACCACCUCCUUCGCGGAGAGCUGCAAGCCGGUGCAGCAGCCCUCGGCCUUCGGCAGCAUGAAAGUUAGCCGAGACAAAGAUGGCAGCAAAGUGACUACAGUAGUGGCAACUCCUGGACAAGGUCCGGACCGACCACAGGAAGUUAGCUACACAGACACCAAGGUGAUUGGGAACGGAUCUUUUGGUGUUGUGUAUCAAGCCAAACUCUGUGAUUCAGGAGAGCUUGUGGCCAUUAAAAAAGUUCUGCAGGAUAAAAGAUUUAAGAACAGAGAGCUCCAGAUUAUGAGAAAGUUGGAUCAUUGUAACAUUGUCCGAUUGCGUUAUUUCUUCUACUCUAGUGGAGAGAAGAAAGAUGAGGUGUACCUCAACUUGGUGCUGGACUAUGUUCCUGAAACAGUAUACAGAGUUGCCAGACAUUACAGUCGGGCCAAACAGACACUCCCUAUGAUUUAUGUCAAGUUGUACAUGUAUCAGCUGUUCCGGAGUUUAGCCUAUAUCCAUUCCUUUGGGAUCUGCCACCGGGAUAUAAAACCACAGAACCUCUUGCUGGACCCUGAUACAGCUGUUCUAAAACUCUGUGACUUUGGAAGUGCAAAACAGCUGGUUCGUGGAGAACCUAAUGUCUCAUACAUCUGCUCUCGGUACUACAGGGCACCAGAGUUGAUCUUUGGAGCCACCGAUUAUACCUCCAGUAUAGAUGUGUGGUCGGCAGGCUGUGUAUUGGCUGAACUGUUACUAGGACAACCAAUCUUCCCAGGUGACAGUGGUGUGGAUCAGUUGGUGGAAAUUAUCAAGGUUCUGGGAACGCCUACAAGGGAGCAAAUUAGAGAAAUGAAUCCAAACUAUACCGAAUUCAAAUUCCCUCAGAUUAAGGCACAUCCAUGGACUAAGGACUCGUCAGGAACAGGACAUUUCACCUCAGGAGUACGGGUCUUCCGGCCCCGCACUCCACCAGAAGCAAUUGCGCUAUGUAGCCGUCUGUUGGAGUACACCCCCACUGCCCGCCUGACUCCCCUGGAGGCCUGUGCGCACUCUUUCUUCGAUGAACUACGGGACCCAAAUGUCAAGUUACCAAAUGGGCGAGAGAAACCUGCACUCUUCAAUUUCACCACUCAAGAACUGUCAAGUAACCCAUCUCUGGCUUCGAUCCUCAUCCCUGCUCAUGCCCGGAACCAAGCAGCUGCUUCAACCCCUACAAACGCUACAGCGGCCUCAGAUGUUAACGCAGGAGAACGAGUUCAGACCAAUAGUGUAGCUACAGCAUCAGCCUCCAACUCCACCUGAACCAGUACCAAGCAGCCAGCUGCACAGGAAAAAUCACCAGUAAUUUGAGUCUUGCUCAGCAACACUGGUCACAUUUGGAAAGAAAAUUAAAAAGAGGAAAAAAAAAAAAAAAAAAAACCAAACCAACAAACCAACCAACCUGUUCAUUUUAGUGUUCAAUUUUUUAUUAUUAUUAUUGUUGUUCUUAUUUAACCUUGUAAAAUAUCUAUAAAUACAAACCAGUUUCAUUGUAUUCUCACUCUGCAGGGUGUCCGGGGCAGGGGACUAGGUGGGGGGAGGAGGGAAAGCGGAGCAAUACAACACACCAAUGUCUCUCCCCUCGACAAUCUCUUCAUGUUGGAAGUUUGCUGUUGUGUACUUCAGAACCAGGACUCUUGCCUCAUGCCCCCUCCCACAACAGAAAGAAGGAAAAAACAAAACAAACAAACAAAAAAAACAAAAAAAAAAACCCCAAACCUCAUUCUCUGCUGAAGUUCUUUUUUUUAAACCUCUUUUUUUAUUUUCUUUUUAAGUGAAGUUUCGGACUUUGAUGUAGUGCACAGCUUGAAUUUGGUCGGGAGCUUAGCAGGGGUCAUUCAACAGAGCUCAGCGUUGCUUGUCAGCAAACCCAUAUCCCAGGUUGUCCGAGGAGCUGCCCCGGCUCGGUGUGGGAAGCGGGCGACGCGGUGGGAGCAGAGGGUGGGGGUGGGGGGGUGGGGAGGGUUUUCCGUGUGUCUAAGGCUUGAACCGCUAGUGGAAGCCUUCCAUUUGAAAAACCAGUGCUAGCAAUGAAGAAACCUGCAGCUUCGUGAUGGGAAAAGUCUUCCCCCUGUGGGUUCUAUAUAAUAUAAUACACACACAUGCACCAACACAAGCUUUACCAAGCAGCUCCUUUGCCCGGCGCAGCUCCUGCCGCGUGUCGCGGGCCGGAGCGGGGCAAAGCGGCCGGCGGAGGCGACCGGCCAGCUCCCGUCUUCAGCAGAGAAGAGCAGAUGAACAAAACCCUCAGAGGGGGCAGGGACCCAGCCGGAGAUGUUAAGGGUCUUUUUGGAAAGUGGCCACUGUGAAAGCUUAUUGGUUUUUUAGGGUUUCUCUCCACCCCUUCCCCCCCCCACCCCCUGCCACAAUCUCCCCCUCCCCGCUCUCGAUUUGAACAGGCUUCCCUUUCCCAAGGUGCGUACAGGAAAAGGACACCAGGGUUUAUAAUGUGAACUGUAACAGUCUACUGGUUUAUUUUGUAAUAUUUUUUUAACUGCAGAUUUAACUUGCAGGAUGCCACAUUCUCCGAUAGUUCUGAUUUUAAAUCCACAGCUAGCAUCUGUAUUUAAUUUCAUCUUUUUUAACCUCUUGCUUUUUUUGAUCUCUAUUUAUUGAUGCGUGUUGCCACGUUGCCAUUAUGUUUUUACAUUGGUAGAAUAUUAAAAUACAGAUCCGAGUGCUCUCGACAGUAAUUUGUACCUGCUGACUGUUAGGAAAGCUGGCUAUAUAUGAGUGUGUGUGUAUAUAUAUUAUAUAAAUAUAUACAUGUAUACAUAGAUACAAUACUGCUUUUUUUUUUAUUUUGUCUACGAUCUCGAAACAGUCUGACUGAAGUGUGAGGUGAAUGCUUGUUCUAGUCCAUCUGUUCAGGGUCCGGGUUUCCUCCCUGCGACGGCGUGUGGCGCAAGCAUCCACAUCUCUUUUCCUGAAGUCCAAGCAAUAUUCCUCGGGAAAGGGUGAGGUGAGCGGCCGGACACAGCCGCGGCGUAGAAACGAGACUUUGGGGAGACCCCAUCUUGUCAUAGGCUUGCGGUUGGUGUCCGCUCCAGCCUUAUCCUCCUCCGGAGAAACUGUAGUCGCCUUUGGUGCUUAUCGAGCUGUUGUUCAACCUGCAGAUCUCUGAGGCGAGCGGUUGCGUUUCGGGAAGGCGCGGACCUUUGCUUGGCCGGGGGGUAGCGGCCUCGGCAAGCUUGGCCACUGCGGGGGUGACGGGGCUUUUGCUCGCGAGCUCGGUGCAUUUCUUCUUGUACCUCUUAUGCUGUUGACGCAGGAAUUCUUGGAAACUAUCUUUUAGCAGCCCUGGAACUGAUAAAAGCCCUGCCCUCUUCCCUCCUGCCUGACCCACAGCGGGGUUGGGGAGGCAGGAGAUGUUUCAAGAGUGACCACCUACCAUGAAACUGGUAAACCCUCACGUCAUGCCCCUCGGCGAUUUGCUGGCGGGCACACACACCGACACACACACAAAAGGUUUUAAAGCUUUUAGCUGUUCAAUUCUGUCUGACUGCAAAGGAAAGCACGGCCGUGUUUAGAAACGGGCUUUCCAAAUCCUUACGUGCGACUUAAUAGAAAGUGCUGAGGAGCAUCUUGGUGCGAGGGCUCGGCUAGGCGGUGUCCCGCGAGGUAAGUGCCGCGGCUCGGCUGACCCAGUGAUCCAAAUAGACGCAGGAGACUCCAGAAGUAGGACAGCGGCAGGGCACGGAUCGGUGUGCAGGUGAGACUGCUGAGGCGCUGGCCACAGGUGCUGUUAUUCGGAGGCAGUAAAAUAGUGAGUCUUUAAAAAAAAAAAAAAAGGUAAUUAACAAAUAAUGAAGAAAAAUUGCUGCUUGUGCCAGGAAAUGUGGCUUUACUUCUUUUUCAUUUUAUCUUUUCGUUUAAGACUGGCGGAGGGGAGUUAACAACUUUUCUCUCUGGUUUUGUGACUGUGCUGGCGUCUGUGUGUGUCUCGUGUGUGUGUUAGGCUGGGGGGAGGGUCGGGGGCACCCCUCUGGUUUUAUUUCUUUUUUUCAAGGAUCAUGGCAGGAUCACACACUCUUUUAUACAAGUUAGAUCCAGGUCUUUGAAUAACCUUUUUUGUAAAUAAGAAAGAAAAAAAAAACACACAAAAAAAAAAUACAACAACAACAAAACAAAGCUCCUCACCAAAUUCAAGCUUGUACAUUAUUAUUUUUGGUUGUUUUUGAAUUUUGAGUUUUAUUGUUUUGUAUGUAAAUAUGUGGACCCAGGAACUGUUAUUAAUGAGCAAAAAGUUACCGUUCAGGGCAGUGAUUCUGUUUAAUAAUCAGACAAAAUGUAGACGAGCUUUUUAAAGCCAUAUAGUUUUAACUCUGUACAGUAGGUACCGGCCUGUAUUAUUGUAACAAUAACUCUAGCGAUGUAUAGUGUAUCUAUAUAGUUUGGAGUGCCUUCGCUUCCGUGAUUUUUUGAAUUUUAUUUCCCUCCUCCCCCCCAGCCCCCCCCCCUCCCCCCAACCUUCUUUAUAAACGUCUCCCACCCAAACCCGCAUCUCUGCUCCUGAACCCGCUUUCUAACUCUUUGAGUGCUGUAAGGUUUCGGUGAUACCCUGAUAGUAGCGGAACGAAAGGAAACCGUCGCCACCGUCAUCCAUUUCAUUGGAGCCGUGGCUUUGUUCUGGAUGUCUCCAAGUUGCCCGCCCUGCCCUCUCCUCCUCCCGCUAGCAGCGACCGGUUUCGUUCGGACACUUGCCCCAGCAGCUCGUGGCGACUUGGCUCGUCUCUUUCCCCCUCGUUCCUGCGCCCAGGAGCUGGGAGGCAGCAGCUUCCAGGAGGCCUGGCCCUUCCAUCCUCCCUGGCUGUGCCGGGGGCAGCAGAAGGGACCCCUGGGGAGGCAGACCCCGCCGCGUCCCGCAGGGAUGCUGCGCUCGGAGCAGGGAUGCUGCGCUCGGAGCCGUGCAGGGGCAGCGCUGUAGGAGACCGCGGUGGCUUUUUCUGCCAGGGGGACUUUCUGUUCCGUUUUCUUCUCCCUGUUUUUCCCUCCCCGAAGUCACUUUUGUUUUCUUGAGAUAAGUUUAACAUGACUCUUGAUUUCUUGUGCCCAGCACGAAGGCCUUGUUUCUAAAACUAGAUUGCUUGUGUUUUACUACCUUGUUAGUAUUCCACAUAAGAUUGUCUUGAAUGGGAAAACACUUAACUCUUUACCAAACCAAAGGUUGCUCUUUUAUUUCGAAGCAUCUCGUGUUCAUUCCAGUGAAGCAGAGGCUGUGCUUUCUUUCUGGUGACACGACGGUCAGUGGUACCAGGCUGUCGGUGGCAGCCUGCUCAGAGCUGUCCCCCGUUUCUUUUACUCUUUGGGGCUUGUUUUUAAAUCCGCUCUAGUCCUGCUCUGUCCUGUGCGUCCGCCCUGCCGUGGCGUGGGUCUCUGAGCCGGACUCAAGUGCAGUCUGUCUCCCCCGAUGGACACCCGCUCAAGAUGCUGGUGUUCUUUAAUACUAAACUUACCUACCUUGCUGGGGGGUGGGGGGUGGGGGGGGUGGGGAAUUGCCUGCAAAAGAAAAUUGGCUGGUAGAAGAUCCCCAGAUACUUCGUCCCCUUAUUUCGAAGCCAAGCUUAACCUAAAAUAACGGCAGGUGCCUGCGACUCGCAACGUAAAAUUUCCCCCCAGUUUUUAGUACUUGGAAAAGUAGAAGUCAAGCAGCCUGUCAGACUCGUACUCCUGUACUAGGAACCUCAGCCACCGCGGAGAAAAAGGAAAAGCCGAUGAGGAAAAGCACAGUAGGGUAUUCGGUCCGGGCUCUGCCUUUCGGAGACUGCAGCGGGUCCCCGGGGUGGCCGCUGGUUCCCACGGGGCUCUCAGCCGGUUCUGGUCGUAGUUGGCUUCGUUUUGCAACACUGCAAUAACAGCAAAACGACAGGAAAGGAAAACAGUACCUAAGGGGUUAGCUCGAGAAAAGUAGCUUCCUUGUGUUGGUCUUUCUCAAUUUAUUUUUUAAUAUAUAUAUAUAUAUAAAAUAUAUUUAUAUAUAUAUAAUUUGCUUGCCUGUAAAAUUUGCGUUCAUUAAUGUGUUGCUGAUGGAUCACUUGGGCCUGUACACACCAAUUAGCGUGACCACUUCCAUCUUAAAAAACAGAAAUCUAAAAAUAUAUAUAUAUAUUAAGGACUGUGGGUUGUAUACAAACUAUUGCAUACACUUGUGCAAAUCUGUCUUGAUUUAAAGGAAAAGCAAAACCUGUAUAACAUUAUUACUACUUGAAUGCCUCUGUGACUGAUUUUUUUUUUUUUUCAUUUUAAAUAUAAACUUUUUUUGUGGAAAGUAUGCUUAAUGUUUUAUUAUUUCCCCCGCCCCAUUCCCCUUGUAAAUACAUUUUGUUCUGUGUGACUCGGUUCGGAAAUAGUUAACUGGUACUGUAAUUUGCAUUAAAUAAAAAGUAGGUUAGCCUGGAAAUGAAAUUUAAAAAAUACCAAGUGUGUGGUCUUUAUUUCAAAAAAAAUUGCCCCUUUCUUUCCUCCUCCUCUCUCCCUUCUCCACCCCGUGUUCCUUGCCCUCAUGCCUCUUUCCACUCCGCAAGAAUAGGUGGACGUGAAUCUUUGUAAUAAUAACUAAAAGAAAAACCACAAGAAAUAAGCAUGUUUUCUUAACUGAGCUGUGUUAUUCCAUGCUGUUUUUCAAGAGAUGCCAGCUUGUCUAUGAUACCGUUUGAUUUGAUGGAGAGAGGAACCCUGGGACAUAAAUACUUCAAAUUAAAACCAACUGAUCUUCCUUUACCGUCCACCUAUAGAUACGAACUUAAGAACCUGUGUAAACUGCUGGCUUUGAAUCCUGCACUCAUGGUUGUUUGGGGUUUUUUUUUUUUUAUAUCAUUUGAUCCCAUUAGUAAUGUUAUUUGGUGGUGAUCUGUAAAGUUUGUCGAGACCACGUCCAGUGGACCGUUCCUCCAGCAAAUCAGCACGUAGCUAUCUCUGAGUUGGGUUUCUGGUACUGGAUAAUGUAUGUAUUAAACAUGACAUGUCUAUUAGCGCAAAAGAAAAAAGAAAAAAAAAUAAAAAUCCUUUUUUGGGCUGGCUGACCUGGCCGAAUCCAUUCUGUCGCUAUCCUAAAGGCUAGAUGCGAGGUCAUGUGACUGCUGCUUCAAUAAAAACAAAUUUAUAUUGCAAA